AUGGCGUGGUUUGGCAAGAGUAGCAAGAUAGCCCCAAAAGAUGACACUUCUAUGAAGUCCAUACAUAGUGCUUUGUCCCAUCAUGUCGGGACGGAGACACCGGAUUCAAUGACACCCUCACAGCUUGAUGCCGCCAUUUUGGAGAUGUUGAAUGUCACGCCGACCACGCUGCAGUCGGCUUGCGCAGGCCCAGAAACAAAGAGAGCACUGAUACUGCAAUACCCAAAGACUGACGAAGCGCUUGAGAAUAUCACUAACUGGCCAAUGCACAUGAUGAGUAGCCAAAAGCACUAUCAGAGCAAAGAGAGGUUUUCUUUGUUCCUUAAGGCACACCGCUAUGGCCUUGAGGAUGAGCAGCAGAGAGUCCUCAGGGAGCUGGAUUUCUAUACAUCGCAUCUUGAGCUGUUCGUCAGAUGGAUGUACAACUUGGCGAGCGAAGAGGUAGCUAGCGGAUCCGUAUGGAAGCGACUGGUCGCAUACCUAAGCAUAGUCCAGGCCAAGUCCGAGCUUGGAAUCGAGCGUUCUAUUGGUGCUAUAUUUUACGCUAGGGGAGGCUUCGAAACAAGAGAAACUUACUUGCGAUUUCUAGAGGCGCAAGAUAACGCCCAAUCGAUGCUUGGAGGCGCAAAUCUUUACGCCGACAUGGUCCAGGAAAUGUACAACAAGACUUAUUUGAGGAACAAGACAAUGACGAAUAUGAUCGCGGAUAUGAGAGAAGACAUCCGUGAACGCGCGUUUACAGGUCGUAACCGUUCGGCCACAUUGGCGUUGUACUGGUACGAUAAUUUGACCUUCCAAAUUGACAUUAUGUUAGACAUCCAGAAAGUGGUGGCGGACACGAUGCUGGUGACUCUGAGGGAAAGGGCACACGCCGAGAGACUGGAACUUGUGGGGGAGGGCGUUGCGUUUAUGAUAGCCCUAUUGCUGUGCCCCAUGAUAACGAAAGCCAUUUACAUGAUUACCAGCCAAAUGCAGGGGAUUUCCAUGAUGCUGUCUGCCAAGACGAGGGAACUGAACAAAGAAAAGAAACGCACCGACACCCUUCUGUACCAAAUGUUACCCAAAACGAUCGCCGAGUCACUAAAAAGAAACGAGGACGUUGUCGCCGAGCUCUAUCAAGAUACGACGAUUUUCUUUUCAGAUAUCGUUGGCUUCACCGACAUAUCGUCCCGUGCCUCCCCAUUUCAGAGCGAGCACUUGGUUUCCAGUGCUGGGAAGGGGGACACCACCACAUACUGGCUCCUGGGGAGUGACCACUUCAAGAUACCUGGUGGUGCCAAGAACGAUUCAAGCGAUGUUGAAGGGUUUUGGAUAAACUACACAGAAAACAGAGUCAAACUGCAGAGGAAAAGCAAAGCUACUGUAGAGAGUAGUCACGUACUGAAGUUUAGCUACGACAAAUAUGCCCAAGUAGUCAGCUAA